CUCUUGACUACCAUCCAACAUGAACCCAGACGAGCUUGAUGAUGCGGAUCUGAGAGCGGCCAUCGCUGCCUCCAUGGCCGAUCGUCAGCAUUCCGAUCCCGACCAGACCAAUAGACCCAAAAAGUCUGAGGUUGUCGACCUAACUGCAGACUCCGAUUCGGAUGAUGUGAGGCCUGUUUUUCCAAAGUCAAGGUCCUUGAUUGGCUCCGACACGGACGACGAUGACGACGAGGAUGACGACGAAGACAUCAAAAAGGCCAUCGCACUAUCCCUACAGGAGAUCGGGGGGAACUUCAAUCAUCCGUCUGAGCCCUGGCAAGUUAUUGGCUCAGACACCAGCGAGAGCCAGAGUGCCUUACCCCUCCACUCGACAGCGACCAAGACCAAAACAGACGACCAGGAGCCCGCGAAGCCUCAGGGUAUAUUGGGCCUGGAUCGAAAGCAGAUGGAGCAGGAGCGUCUCGCACGGCUUGCGAAAAGAAAGGCUGACGAUCCUGCGGUGAGUGAGCAGCCUCAGACGAAGCAGUCGAAAGUGGAUCUAUCGAGAAAGCCUGGUGUUUCUGAGCUAAACAUGCGUACCGGGGACAUGGCUGCUGCUUCCCGGGCUGGAAGCUCUUGGGCAACGCCAUCCAUGACACCAUCAAUCCAGUAUCCUGACGGCGUGGUCAAGAAGACAUGGGCGUCUGGCUGUGCUCGGCAAAAUGACGAUAUCAGGAUCGAGGAGGUGUUCCAGAAGUCCAAUCUGGAGCUUGCUGUUUUGAGCUCCUUCAUGUGGGAUCCGGACUGGGUUUACAGCAAGCUCGAUAUCAAGAAUACCCGCUUUAUCAUGGUGAUGCAUGCCCCAGAUGACUCUACGAGGCGCGCGCUGGAAGCCGACGUAGCAGAGGUCCCUAACGUGCGAGUGUGCUUCCCACCAAUGGAAGGCCAGGUGAAGUGCAUGCACUCGAAAUUGAUGCUGCUCUUUCAUCCUGGAUAUCUCCGCAUCGUGGUCCCGACCGCCAAUUUGGUGCCGUUUGACUGGGGCGAGAUGGAAGGAGUCAUGGAGAAUAGUGUCUUCCUCAUCGACCUUCCCAAAAAGAACGGCACAGACUCCAACAAACCCAAUACUGCCUUCUACAAGGAGCUGGCCUACUUUCUGAAAGCCUCCACUCUCCACGACAAUGUCAUCGCCAAAAUGGACGGUUUCGACUUUAGCAAAACAUCUAAAUAUGCUUUCGUCCACACCAUCGGCGGAUCACAUACAGGAGCGGCAUGGACGAAGACUGGCUAUUGCGGUCUGGGACACGCAGUGGCCACACUGGGACUAUCCACGUCCAAACCGUUAAACCUGGACUACGUCACCUCCUCUCUCGGCAACAUAAACAACGAAUUCCUUCGCUCCCUCUACCUCGCUUCGCAAGGAGACAUCGGUUUAACCGACUACACCCUCCGUACCUCCAAAUCCUUCCCCGCCAGACUCCACAACAACCUCAUCCCCAAAGAUCUGGCCUCGGAAUCCAAAGACCGCUUCCGCAUCUACUACCCCUCCCAAUCGACGGUGCUCUCAUCGAAGGGCGGUCCCCGCUGCGCAGGCACCAUCUGCUGCCAGUCAAGGUGGUUCGAGGGCGAGAAGUUUCCGCGCCAGGCGCUUCGUGACUGCGAGAGUCAACGACCGAGGCUUUUGAUGCAUAGCAAGAUCCUCUACGUCCGACCGGAUAACCCAAUCCGUUUAUCGGAUACAUCUGAAUGUCGAGCUUGGGCUUAUGUCGGAAGUGCCAACUUGUCGGAAAGUGCAUGGGGCCGCAUCAUCCAAGACCGCAAAACCAAAACCCCCAAACUCAACUGCCGCAACUGGGAAUGCGGCGUCAUAGUCCCCGUUAUCGAGAAAAUCGCCCCCACACGUCCGGAUAACGACCUCGCCGAAAAGAAGGAGGAGAGUGUCAGUAUUACACUGGCAUCAUCAUCAUCAUUGUCAUCUUCUUCGGAAUCUUCUACUUCAGAGCCAAAGUUGGAAUCGGCAGCAGCAGCCCAGGCUCUAGCUCUAGCACGAGACGAUGGCUCGGCUUUACCGACUGUGUUUAGGGGUCUGGUUCCGGUGCCGAUGCGUGUUCCUGGGCUGAAGUAUGGAGGGACGCGCAAGCCGUGGUGUUUGUCGGGGGAGAUGUGAGUGGGUGAGUGGGUG